UACCGCACAGCGCUCCUCACCGUCCAUAUCCGAACAGCUGAAGACACCAUGGAUGUGAGACAGUACCUGUCACGGAUAGGUUACCAUGGCGACACCAGCCCCACCCUGGAUACCCUGCGAGUCCACCAGGCGCACAUGCUGACCGUUCCUUUCGAGAACCUCAGCAUCCACUGUGGAGAGGAGAUUGUACUUGAUCUUCAGCUUCUCUACAACAAGAUUGUGGUGAAGAGACGAGGGGGCUUCUGUUACGAGAAUAACGGCCUGUUCUCUUGGCUACUCGGUCAGCUCGGUUUCAACGUGAAAACCCUGUCAGCGCAGGUAAACAACCCAGAGGGAUUCACGCCUGAGAAGGCCCAUCUUAUCAACGUGGUGUGCAUAGAUGGAGAGAGCUGGGUUACAGAUGUGGGGUUUGGUUGUCUGUUCCGCACGCCCAUUCGUCUGGUACCGGACCGGGAACACCCUGACGUCACCGGGACAUACAGGCUUCAACAAGAAGGGGAUACGUGGUUUCUGCAAAGAAAGAGUAAAACCCAGCUGGAUGCCGAUAACUACGAAGCGGCUCCUGGCGGAAUUCAGAAGGACGACAUGGUCGAAUCUGGCGAGUGGGUGGUGCUGUACAAGUUCACCUUACAAGAACACAAACUUCAGGACUUCUCUGAGAUGUGCAGCUGGACACAGCGGGGUAGUCCUUUCUUCACUGGGAGACCAUUUUGCGUGCUCCACCUAGCGGAUGGUCUGGUCACCUACAUCGGAAGGAAGCUCAUCACAACACGGUACUGUGAAACCCACCUCACCAAGACUACAACAGUUCUGGACAGUGACAAGGACAUUCUGGCGCUUCUGUGGGACACGUUCGGAAUCAAAGUGGAAAAUCAUCUUACAGUAAAAGAGUGAAGAAGAGGGAUGUGUGUGUUUGAUACACUCGUCAUCCUUUUAAAGAUAACCGUUUCUACAAGUCUGUCAGGAGCAAUGGCUCUUCAGUUCCUCUCCCUUGAUGUCGUCUUGGAAUGUGAUUGUGUUGAUCAUUUCAACUACCUACCUACCUACGUAGUCCCUUGACCUGGUCCCCCUGGUCGCUGGGGGGACAUUUCAACUAUUCAUGUUAAAAUACAAACACGGUUGCUUUCAGAAUCGUCACGUUAAAUUUUGAUAUCGAGCUUCUCUGUAUAUAAAGUGCCUAGUCUAUAGAAUACCCAACCUUAUCCUUGGUGCUGAAGUACCAUCAAGUGUACUGUAACACGAUUGUCUAUUGCUCAUGUAGAAAUACAAACAAAAGUGCACAUAAUUGCAUUUGAUAUCUUUACAAAAUUUGUGAAUAACUAAUCUAACGUUAACUUUAUAUAAUAUAAAAGUUACAUAACCGCAAUGUGGUACAAUUAGUACAGCUAUUAAACGGUAGCGAUUUGUGAAAACUCAUCCCCUGGACUGAAUUCUGGAAAUAAAUUGUUGCCAUGUCGCUAAAAGAUUACGUACUAUGCAAUAGAUUUUGUCCACGAAUUGCGGGAAUGUAAAAUGGCUUGCCUACGCCAUACGGGAAUGGGGUAUGCCCUUUGAUAAGGGGGCCCUCAAUGCUAAAUUUCAGAAACGUAGCUGACGUGAAAUUCCAACAAGCUGGUCUAAUUUCCAUGCAGAAUGUAUCUAUUACGUUCUACGUUAAUUUUGAGGCUACAAAUUAUGUGGGAUCAAAACGGCUGAUUAAGCUUUACGUAAAUGGGCAUGUACGUGCAACAUGGUGCAAGCCUCCUUUGAGGGUCGUUGCCCCAACAAAAUAUUUUGCAACCUCGUACGAUCUACACAGCCACACCAUCCUAUCUCUCUUAAAGAUUUAAGAGUCAUUGCAGGAGAAAACCAGGCAAAACCAGGCAG